AUGGCAGCUCAACUUGAGAGGGCAGCUCAACUUGAGAGGGCAGCUCAACUUCAGUGCAGCACAACUUGCGAGAACAGCAAAGCUUGUGAGGACAGCAAAGCUUGUGAGGACAGCAAAGCUUGUGAGGACAGCACAGCUUGCGAGGACAGCACAGCUUGCGAGGACAGCACAGCUUGCGAGGACAGCACAGCUUGCGAGGACAGCACAGCUUGCGAGGACAGCACAGCUUGCGAGCUCAGCACAGCUUGCGAGGACAGCACAGCUUGCGAGGACAGCACAGCUUGCGAGGACAGCUUAGCUUGCGAGGACAGCACAGCUUGCGAGGACAGCACAGCUAGCGAGGACAGCACAGCUUGCGAGGACAGCACAGCUUGCGAGGACAGCACAGCUUGCGAGGACAGCACAGCUUGCGAGGACAGCACAGCUUGCGAGGUCAGCACACCUUGCGAGGGCAGCACACCUUGCGAGGGCAGCACAGCUUGCGAGGACAGCACAGCUUGCGAGGAGAGCACAGCUUGCGAGAACAGCUCAGCUUGCGAGGUCAGCACAGCUUGCGAGGACAGCACAGCUUGUGAGGACAGCACAGCUUGCGAGGACGGCACAGCUUGCGAGGACGGCACAGCUUACAAAGACGGCACAGCUUGCGAGGACAGCACAGCUUGCGAGGACAGCACAGCUUGCGAGGACAACACAGGUUGCGGGGACAGCACAGCUUGCGUUGACAGCACAGGUUGCGAGGACAGCACGGCUUGCGAGGACAGCACGGCUUGCGAGGACAGCACAGCUUGCGAGGACAGCACAGCUUGCGAGGACAGCAUAGCUUGCGGGGACAGCACAGCUUGCGAGCUCAGCACAGCUUGCGAGGACAGCACAGCUUGCGAGGACAGCACAGCUUGCGAGGACAGCACAGCUUGCGAGGACAGCAUAGCUUGCGAGGACAGCACAACUUGCGAGGACAGCACAGCUUGCGAGGACAGCACAGGUUGCGAGGACAGCACAGCUUGCUAG